CGAUCUCCUACUUAACUAGAUGUAUUGGCGAAGAGGGGAUUUCUUCUGAAAAUAUGCUUACUUUGUUUAUGAGACGCCAUCUUACACCACCAUGCCAAUGGCUGAUGCUACUUCCUGAUGUUACUGCUGCAAUCUGAUUGACUGAAACAAUAUGCCGCAUCUGGGACUUGCAUUCCUAGGCAUUAGACACUCUAGCAUGGUGGUGAAAAAUGGUGUUUUAUAAAGUACACAUAUUUCCCCCCCUCCUUCUCGACAAUACAUCUAGUUAAGGAGGAAAUCAACGCCUUUGCAGCCUGAAGAUGGAGAAUGUUUAAGGUAAAGCCGAUCCACGGGAGGUUAUGAGAAUAUUGCAGACCUGCAUACAAUGUGUUUGGACGGUAAAAUGGAAACGACUCAAUAUCCCCAUCUGCCAGCCUUUGGGCUACUCUCGUUUUGAAACACCAACAUCGUUUAAUAUCAAUGGGACUGACACCAGAGGUGUAAACUACUUAAAGUAAAAAAUACUUUUUAGUCGUUUUUUCAGGGGGGGGGGUAUCUGUACUUUAUCUACAUUUUUGACUACUUUUGCUUCAGUAUAUUCUUAAAGACAGUAAUGUACUUUUUACUGCAUACAUUUUCUCUGACACCCAAAAUUAUUCGUUACAUUUUGAAUGAAUAUCAAGAGAACAUCCCCGCUCAUCCUUAUAUUUGCCCAAGGCGUUUCUAUUGUCUCUUUCCUGUCCCUGCGGAACAGCCGUAGCGGGACAGAGGAAUGUGUUCAUUCUAGUCGAACCACGGCAGGAGAGCGCAACGGUUGGAUACAGAUGACUGAUGUUCAGAAAAAGAUGUCCUGAUGCAGCACUCCAAACAGUAAACGUUACCCUGCUGUAUCCCUCUUCCUCAUCUCAACCUGCUCCUCCUCCUCCUCCUGUACUUCCUGCUCCUCCAGAACCGACUAUUGGUACCAUUGGUUCCUUCCUUGGGUCCCCAAACCUCACUCGGCCGGUUGACAAAUCUCUGCUUUCCCCCUCCUCUCCGCUCCCCCGGUCCUCAUCCCUGAACCUCCUCUCCCCCCUCGCCCCACUUCCCCACGUCCCCGGCAACAUGUCCAUCGCCCUGAAGCAGGUCUUCAACAAGGACAAGACCUUCCGGCCCAAGCGUAAGUUUGAGCCGGGGACGCAGCGUUUCGAGCUGCAUAAAAAGGCCCAGGUGUCGCUGAGCUCCGGGGUUGACCUGAGGGCGGCGGUAGCUCUGCCCCACGGGGAGGAUCUGAACGACUGGGUGGCCAUGCACGUAGUCGACUUCUUCAACAGGAUAAACCUCAUCUACGGGACGGUGUGUGAGUUCUGCACGGAGAAGAGUUGUCCGGUCAUGUCCGGAGGUCCUAGGUAUGAGUACCGAUGGCAGGACGAUCACAAGUACAAGAAACCAACGGCUCUACCGGCUCCCAAGUACAUGAACUUGCUGAUGGACUGGAUAGAGGUCCAGAUCAACAAUGAGGAUAUCUUCCCCACCAGCAUGGGUAUCCCCUUCCCCAAGAACUUCACCCAGAUCUGUAAGAAGAUCAUCUGCCGUUUGUUCCGGGUGUUUGUCCACGUCUACAUCCACCAUUUUGACCGUAUGAUCCUGAUGGGAGCUGAGGCCCAUGUUAACACCUGCUAUAAGCACUUCUACUACUUCAGCACAGAGCUCAACCUCAUAGACCGCAAGGAGCUGGAGCCACUGAAAGAUAUGACGUCUGGGAUGUGUCACUGAGGUGUUGUAGCAGAACCACUGGAACUGCCGAUGGCCUGGCAGGAGGUUGCCGUGGAUAUGCUGUGGGAGGGGUCCAGUGAGCAGCAGAGAUGCCUCUGAAGCUUGAUGACUUCAUCACCGUGCGUCUGGUAGCCGUAGAAGAACCUGUUACCUGCAGAUACGUCUGCCUGGCUGGAUCCACACUGUAGCGAGGACAGACUCUACUAUUUGUACGAUCAACACUGUAGCAGAGACUACUAGACUCUGCUGUAGUUUGUCAUGUUAAAUCAUUCUCUAACACCAGAUCACAGAGGAGGAGCUGAUUAACUAAUGUUUGCAUGACUUGAUUAUGUUCAACAUGAGAGUAUGACUACUAGGACCACUUACUUACUGGCUGACUUACUGGCAGGCUGGCUGACUGAUUCACUGGCCAGCUGGCUGGCUGACUGAUUC